GCCCGCCGCCAUUUUGUGCGUGCCCGCUCGGCGCUUAAGGGGCUGCGCGGCAGCGCGGGGUGUGAGGGGCUCGGCUCGGCUCGGCUCAGCCUGUCUUGGCUGCUUGUCCCGGGCUAGGCAGGGACACCGGCGGUAUUUUUGGGGGGAAGAAGCCCCGGGAGGCCUCCACCGGUCCUGCUGCAGGGCCCCGCUCCUCCUUUCCGUGUAAAUUUUGGUGAUCGGCGUGUGCAUGUGGCGCUCUGCGUAAUAAAGUUACUAAUUCCUGUGCCUUGUCGCAGCGUCUGUUUCCUUCUUCUAACACACUAACGUGCUUUUCAAACGGGCUUUUGCUUGCAGGAAUGAUACUUACAAGGAAGUUUUGGUGUUGGUUGCGGGGUUUGGAACCAGCCUGCGAUUCAGUCCAUGGUUUGGGGGGUUACAAAGUCAGCUUGGGUAGCAGUGACUAAAUUGUGUAGAUUGGGGAAAUCUUAAGCACUCCGAUGCUCUGUCAGUUCCUGUUGUGCCCUGUAAAAUUCUAUCGAUAUGUGUAUACAUCUGGUUGUAUAAAACAAUCUAUAGGAGUAAUACAUUUCUACUUCAGUUACAUUCCGCUUUUUUUCUUCUUUAUACUAGGCUACUUCUAUUGUUUUCCAUGAAUACCACCGUUGUGUUGGUUCUGAAAUAAAAGGUUAUGAUAUUCCUGCAUUUCUUUGCUGAAUGUCAGCAACAUGAAGCACAGUUCUUGCAAAAGCUGGAUGCUGAGGGUCCUUGGGAACUAGCAAGGAGCUAGAUUUCCUUGCCAUCCUCUUAGCUCUGUGCUCCACUAAAACUUCAGUGUACAAAAACUUUUCCCUAUUGUUAUCUUCUUUUUUUUUAUUUUUCUUUUCCCCGAGGCUUUAUUUUCUGCCUUUUUCUUUUCUAGGCGUGACGCAUAUGUACAACUAACUUAUUUGAAAAGCAGGAAGUUGAAUAGCUAAAUAUUAUUUUCCUAAAAAUUACUGACAUUUUACAUAACUAAAAAAAGAAAAUCAUAGAUACAUUACAGUUUGAGAACAUGUUUCAGUGCAGAUGGUCACUUGGGCUUUCUUUUUCCUUUUAGACUGAUUAAAAAAUGAGUGAAGAUUCUAAUAGAAAUCUGGAUAAAAACCAUGACCAGCUUAAUAAAAAACACAGUGUCUCCUCUCCUGAUUCAACAGUAUCUUUUCUUCUAACAAGCAUUGGCAGCAGCAAUUCGUGCUCAAACAGUUUGAUUCAAUACAAGGACAAGCUUUACAGCUCUGCAUCUGAGGCUCUAGAAGCUUAUAUUGAAGAUUUUGAUCUAAGUCUCACGUCUUCAGAAAUAACCACUGGAAAAAUCUGCCUGUGCCAAAGUACUCCCAAACAAGCUGAGUUUUCAAAGCAUCGUGUCAAAGAAAAAUACGGUAUGUUUUCUGCAACGUUGGGUGACUGUAAUGAGCACAUAGGAUUAAGUUCUCUUGCUUCACCCUGUAGAAGGGAGACGGAAUGUGACCCAGACUUGAUUAGUCUUGCGACAGAUGAUCUGUUAGCAUUUCCAGCAGAUGGAUCACUGCCCUGCGUCCCGAGUAGUCCUUUUAAAUCAAGACAUCAAAAUAGUGAGUGGAACAGAUGGUCAGUUAAAAAACCUGUCUGCCCUUACCACACCGUGUCACUUGAUACUGAAAGGGGUUUCUGUCUUCAGGAGAAUGGGAAAGCUGAUGCUAAUGAAAAUGUACACAAACACUUCGGUAAAAAGAAAUACAAUGCGUUUACACGUAACAGGUACAACUCUGUCUCCUCUAAAGGAAGUUCCAGACCCUUAUCUGUUGAGAACUGUGCCACUCUUCCUGCUAAGAACUAUCCAAGGUGGCUUACCAGUCAGAAGUCUGACUUAAGUGUAUCAGGGAUAAGCAGUAUUCCCAGUUUUCACUACCCAGUCUGGCUUAAGAGUCGUAACCUUUUUUCUGCUGUGACUAAAGAAAGUGAUGGACACAAUUCUAAUAUACAAGGCAAAGCUUCCUCUUCACAGAUUUUUGAGAUCCUGAAAGAACAAUGCUCCGUAGAUAAAGACAGUUCUGAUUUUCUUAAAAAAAAUGGUUGCCUGGAUCUGACAGGUGAUAACGAAGUAGCAGAAAGUUGCAAGUAUGACAGCCCAGAUGCACUCUUCCAAUCUGGUAACUCCUUUUCAAGGCACACGAAACAGUCAUUCGGAGAAGACCAACUUGAGCUGCUUACCUGGAAGGCUGACAGAGAUCUGGAGAGUUUAAAUGAAGGUUCGUCAAAUGCUCUGGAAAAUGAUGGCAGUCCUUCUACAACAGAUAUACUCGGAGCAGAAAGAUCAUGGGAAAAUGUUCCGGGUGCUUUCAAAUCACCAGUGCCUGCAUGCUGGGAGGACAAAACCAGUCCUCUGCCAUUCCCCAAGGCAGACAUCAUUCAUAAAUUCUUGGAAGACUGUUUAGAUGACAAAAACAAGGAAAACAUCUUUUCUGGAAAUCAUAAUCACAGACCCCUGGAAGCCUUGAAGCUAAUGUUGUUUAAGCUUCAAGCAAUUCAGGGAAGUUUAAACCCGAACGAAACGGCUGAGCAAAAGGAAGAGUUUGAAAAACUUUUUGAAAAAGCAGACGCUGAAUUAAAAGUCUGUGACAGCGAGAUAAUCCCUCUUACUAAUUCUAUUCAGAAGGCUUUACACCAUGUGUCACGUCUUAAGAGUCUCCUUGAAGAUACCAAUAUGAAACAAGGGCAAAGUGAUGAUCAUCAAGAAAAUAAAGAAGAAAAAAGCUGAUAUCUACAAAUAGCUUAAUACUGUAUAAUUUAAAUAAUUUGUCGGCCUGUACAUUGUUCUUUUUUUUUUUUGAAAGGUGGACCAGUGCCUGUUCUGAAACAAUAUUUUAUUCAUUAUUUCUGUACAUGUUCGUUACUUUCAUGAGUUAUUUCAAACCUUGAGUUAUUAGUGCCUCCAGUAGGGUCUAACAACAUGUGACAAGACACCACUUUUAAAAGAAUAUGGAAUUAAAACAAUGUUAACAUUUCAUGGAAGAAGCCCUGCGUGUUUAUAUUUAAAAAAAUAAUAAUAAAAUAAAUAAACUAAA